AUGGAUUCUAAUGUGCAUUCUGCUAGAACUAGAGGCCAACGUAGAAGAGUGUCAUCGAGUCAGAGAUUACGACCGUAUGGAAUGACAGAUUUUAAUGUGUAUAUUGAUACGAAUGUGCACUAUAAUCUUGAUAUUGAUGAAGGAAGUGCUGCCAAUAGGACCGAGGAGCCUUGUAGGGUACUGAUUAAAAGGAAUAACCAAGAUUUCAACCAUGGAUUGGAUGAAAAUCAGCGUGGUGAUGACAUGAUGGCUUCACCUACUCCAAACGCCAGCAUAACUACUGGCCAUCUCCAGAUAAUUGCUGAGGAUGAGAACAUAGUAUUGGUCGCGUCCCUGGCGAAUACCGACACCGAUUCUAUCGGUACUCUAUCACCGACCCUAUUACAAUUACAUCCCACGCACAUCCAAUCGAACAGUCCAACAGAAAACGGCGAGCAGUCUCUUAAUUCUGAUCAAAUUUGCACUGUACCAGAACAGGAGGCUGCUAUGACUUCAUUAUACGAAGAGGCUAUGUACCAGGAGACGUCGGAGACUGAAGUUAAGAAGGAGAGCAUCGCUCAGACACAAGUUAAAAGCUACGGCCAUACUCUCACAACGAACUUAUUCCUGAAUCCUCAUUCGCUUGUGAGGGAACUGCCGAUGCCUAGCGUGAAUGCCCACAAGUUAGCCAACAACCUGAUCAAAUUGUCCAGAUAUCUCAAGUCGCCGGCCCCCAGCGAUUUAUGCUGUCUGAACUGUUGCCGCAUCCCGGUUCUGCCUGUGACCGGUCAAUGCGGCCACACUAGAUGCAUGAGGUGCAUCGUCGUCAAUGGGACAUGCCCGUGCGGUGUGAAUGCUCCCAAGACGCUGUUCGUAAAUACAGUCAUUAGAGAAAUAAUUGAAAAAAUGAUUAAAUACAUAAGAAGUCCCAGAAUACUAGAUCCUGGGACGCCUAGAAAAACCUGCGAAAAGAAAUUUCCGCUUAUAAGAGCGAGACGUCGUUAUUAUCGACGCGGCCACAGCUUCCCUAGAGGCGCUCCUCUCAGUAAUUCUCCCACCUGGUGCUUCUCAAGACCCCGUGUGCCUUUGACCGUUCAGGCGCGGUUUAAACGCGCUCGGGCGCUGCUGGCGGCUGGAGAGUAUUUGCAGGCUGCGCCCCAUCUUGCCAGGGUCGCUGCCUCGACGGAGCCCUGCGCUAGGAUGGCGAGAUUGAUGCUGGCACAGACUAUCAGCGCUUUAAGCGAAGGUCACAAGCGUAAGAGCGUCUCCCGUGAGCUCUUUCAGUCUGUGAGGCAGCAGUCCACAAUAAGCUGGUUGGCACCUUCGGAUCUGGAGUGCGUGUUAUGCACUAAUAGCUAUACGAACCCGGUUUCGACGCCCUGCGGCCACACAUACUGCAGGACCUGCAUAGAAAGAUCCUUGUACUAUAAGAAAAAAUGCGCGCUCUGCUUGGGACCAUUGGAAAACUUCAAACUACCUGAGACUCAAGAUACAUUGUUCAUAAGUUCAAUACUAUCGUCUAUCGGCGUGUCGCAGUCUGUUCGUGAUGAGGACGUGAUACCAGUAGUUACAUGCUACGUAGCGUUCCCUGGUAUGCCGUGCCCGCUGUUCAUGUUCAAUCCUCGCUACUGGCAAAUGGUGAGAAGAGUGUUGGAAUCAGGUACGCGAAGAUUCGGCAUGCUGGCCCAUGAAGGUGGAAAUAACUUCGCUGAUUACGGCACUGUGCUAGAGAUCUGUGACUGUGUAGUGCUAGAAGACAACCGCUGUAUAGUAUCGACAGUCGGUGUUUCCAGGUUUAGAGUGAUCGAGAGACAUAUAAGAGAUGGGUGUGACGUAGCACGCAUCCAGCCACUCACAGAUGUGACACCAACAGAAGAUGAGCUCCAAGACCUGCAUACUCUGUCCUCACAAAUAUCAUCCAAAACUCAGACCUGGCUCAAGAAUAUGGAUGAGGGUGUUAGGAAAGAAAUCGAAACCGCCUUUGGAGCUAUGCCCUGUAAGGAUAUCCCUGAAAACUGGUGGAACACAUCCGAUGGACCCAAUUGGCUCUGGUGGCUAAUAGCCAUACUGCCCCUGAAAUCAGAGAUCAAGAUAUUAAUACUAUCAACUCGAAGUCUUCUCAAACGGAUGUUGGCUGUAUCAAGGACUUUGGAUGUUAUGGAUGCGGAGUUUAUAUCAAAUGAUUCAAAAUUAAACAUCACUAGCAGAGAAGAAUGGCUGAGGAGAUGA